AUGGCCUCCAACCGGCAGGAAGGGAAGGAUAAAAUUGUAUUUGUGACCAAAGAAGACCACGAAAGUCCCAGCAAUGCAGAGCUGGUGGUUGACGACCCCAGUGAUCCCAACGCGGAGUAUGGACUGGUACAGCCAAACGGAAACAUUAACUGGAAUUGCCCGUGCCUUGGAGGAAUGGCCAGCGGCCCCUGUGGAGAACACUUCAAGUCUGCCUUUUCCUGCUUCCACUACAGCACCGAAGAAGUCAAAGGAUCCGACUGUGCAGGUCAGUUCCAGGCCAUGCAGGAGUGCAUGCAGAAAUACCCAGACAUCUAUCCCCAAGAAGAUGAGGAGGAGGAAGAGGAGCCCGAGGAGCCCAAGGAGCCAGCAAAACCCGGGGAGGAGGCAGAUACCACUGAGGCCUCCUCUGGAGUCAAAAAGCAGUACUUCAGCGCCUGA